GAAACACAUUUUAGUUUUUCAUAGUCUUUUUUUUUUAUUGGAAUAUUAACAAAAAUAUUACAAAUUCACAAAACAAAUUGGCAUACAAUUUACAUUCAAAAGCAUCAAGCUCGUUUUUGAUAGUCUACAGUUUUUGCCGAUGACGUCAUCUCUAGCGCGCGCUCCCAAUUCUGAGGUGAGCAGUUCACGCUGUUUCGCGUUAGACUCCAUAAUAUUUACCCCUUUACACAGUUUAAAUGUUAUUUUACAGGGUAAUUUCUUCAUGGUUUUAAUUGGGUUCGGUGCUAUUUGUGUGUGUUAUCUAAAGAAGGGCUAUGCUUUGUCUGCUUCUCUUCACAUACAAAACGACUUGAGGAGAUCAACAAACUACACAAUCAACUAUUGUGACAUCUACAAGAUAUGGGCCUGAUGGAGGAGAAACAUCAUCAUGUAAAAACUAGAAGAAAAACUCGCUCACAGACUGAAAGUAUUUCUUUACUGAAAAGAAGAGAGAAGAAAUGUGUCACUUGCCAUCAGUGUGGAAAGAGUUUAACACGCAAAAAGAAUCUCAAGGUUCACAUGAGGAUCCACACUGGAGAGAGACCGUUCACAUGUGAUCAGUGUGGAGUGAGUUUUAGACGCAAACAGAAUCUCAGUGUUCACAUGAGGAUCCACACUGGAGAGAAACGACACACAUGUGAUCAGUGUGGAAAGAGUUUUGCACAAAAAGGAACCCUUACGCGUCACAUGAACAUCCACACUAGAGAGAAACUACAUGAAUGUGAUCAAUGUUGUAAAACAUUUCUGAGGGCUUCAGGCCUGAUGAUCCACCUGAAAGUUCAUUCAAAGGAGAAACCACAUUCAUGUUCUUUGUGUGGAAAGAGUUUUACACAUGUGCAGAAUUUAAAAGUUCAUCAGAAAAUACAUACUGGUGUAAGAGAUUAUAUGUGCUUUGAGUGUGAGAAGACUUUUAUUAGAGCUGGACAUUUGAAACAGCACCAGAUGAUCCACACUGGAGAGAAACCUUACAAGUGUUCACACUGCGACAAGAGAUUCAGUCGGUCAGAUUAUUUAAAAACACACAAGAUGAUCCACACUGGAGAGAAACCAUUUCACUGCACUGCAUGUGGGAAGAGUUUCACUCAAAUAUCUUCUCUACGCAGUCAUACGAAAUACAAUCACAAACUGGAGUCCAACCCUAGUCUUAACCAGCCACAACGAGUGACAGGACAAAGAAACUUUGUCACAGUGAAUAAAGUUCAUCUUCAAGACCAGAAGUUUCAACCGUGAGAUUCAGAUCUACUCAAAGAUGGACAAUAUCUUAUAUUCUGUAUCGCUUGUAGUUUGUUUACACUUUUAUGUAGAAGGUUUUUACAGGUUCAAACUGUUCUUGUUCAGGAAGCUGAAGAAGAAUCUGAUUUAAUUUUAACUUUAUCUUCAUUGUUGUUUUUAAAACUAGUUAUUCAUCCACUUAUAGUUAGAAAACACAGAUGUAAGAUAUACUGUCAUGUAGCUUCGAUACGGUUAUUCACUUUAAUUCUCUUGAGAUGCUUUGCUAUCUUGUUAGUCAAUAAAGCGAGAGAUUUGUCUCAUUCGUUUCUACUUUUACUUACUUUUUUAAGCAAACUGUUAUUGUCUACUGAUUCUUCUUGCGUCAAGAAUAAAUAAA